AAUCCGCCCGAAAAUGUUAGGGUCGGCCCAUAGGGUGUCGUGCUCGAUCCUCUCUCUCCUCUCCUCUCAGCGAAGGCGCAAGGUCAAGGUGCAAGGAGGAGCAGCGCCGACUUUGCGAUGCAGAUCCUCCGGCGGAAGGUUCUUGAGGCUUCCCGCCGCCUCCCUCUCUUCUACGCUGCGCACAGCGGACGCGCCCAUGCGGUCGCUACGCUGGCGGGCGCCGCCGCGCGGUGGGCCCCGCCGGCCACCUCGGGCUCACUUGCCGCUGCUCCGUGGGCUGCCACCCAGCGCCGCGGCGUCAAGAUGCUCGGCUCCGACGUGAAACUUGGAAAUAUCAUACAAAGAAGAGGUCGCAUUUAUCAGGUAAUAAAAGCACAACAUUCGCAUCAAGGAAGAGGAGGAGCCACAAUACAGGUCGAACUGAGGGAUGUUGACACUGGAAACAAAUUAACAGAAAGAUUUCGUACUGAUGAGGCCCUUGAGAGAGUUUUUGUUGAGGAGAAGUCAUUCACAUAUCUGUAUCAGGAAGGAGAUACUGUGACACUUAUGGAGCCUGAAACAUUUGAGCAACUUGAAGUUUCGAAGGAACUGUUUGGCAAAGCUGCAGCAUACCUGAAAGAUGAAAUGAAGGUGAAUCUACAAUACUUUGAUGGCCGGCCAAUGUCUGGUACAGUUCCUCAACGAGUGACUUGUACUGUUGUUGAAGCACAGCCAAAUACAAAAGGGCUAACUGCUCAACCUCAGUAUAAAAGGGUCUUGCUGGACAAUGGUCUUUCAGUGCUUGCACCACCCUUUAUUGAAGCGGGUGAGAAGAUUGUAAUCAGUACAGCCGAUGAUUCUUAUAUGACGAGGGCAUAACCAGAUAUCGUGGAUACGUUUUGUUCUCCCAAAUGGGCGAGUAUGAUUUGGCUAAUGGAUAAGUUUUCACUCCUGCAGUUGCCGUAAACAGUCAAGCUUGGUCGACACCAACCAAUAAUUUUAGUUCUUUACCAAUAGCAACACAUUUUGUACUCACAGAUCUUUUCAUUUCGCCCUCGUUUCAAAUAUUUAUGCAAAAGAAUCCAUUCAUGGUGAACCAUGGAAUCUUUUUGGGGAACAGAGAUAGAGAAGCUGUUUUGGUAUAGAUACGUUCAAAUUAUUUGUAUUCCCUUGUAUGGCUUACUGUUCUGCGGAACUCAUUUGGGUUUGAUUGUCUGGAUUUCAUGCAAAUAAAUACGAAGUUUUGACUGUUGAUUCGUA